UGAGCCCUGGGAGACAGAGACACAGGGAGGGGUCAGGGCACAGCCCCAGACUCCAGACUCAGAGGACAGAGCCUCAGCGGAGCUAGUCAAGAGUCGAGGAAGAACGAUGCCCAGGAAGAGGAGGAGCCCGGAGCAGCCUGAAGUCCCUGUUUCUUCCAAGCCUCUGGCCUCCAGGUGGCUCCUCGACCCAUGUCCACCAGUGGCCACCCCCACUGCCCCCCCUCAGGCCCUUCACACCUGCAGUCAGCUCUGGUUCAUCUUUCCCGGGUCAUUCGCUUAUUCAUGCUCUAGGCGGGCCCGCACCCCCUUCGUUUCCCCUCAGCCCUCUGCCCCUCUGCUCUGCUGCUCACAGGCCGCCAGCGAGGGGACGUGUCAGAGGUUGGGAAGCCCACUCUGCUCUGCCAGGUGGAGGUGGCAGCACUGCUCCCUCGCAGCUGCCCAUCCUCCUGUGGCCUGGCUUUUGCUGAGGACACAGAAGGAAGCCCCACCCCAGUCUCAACCAGCCCCACCCUGAAAGAGAGAAACAAGCAGAAGACUGGCUUGCCUCCUAAAAAUACACGCCAGGGUUCCUGGAGGGUAGGGCUGUAGCUUUUUCUUUUAUGAUCUUGCCAGCAGAAUGCAAGGGAUUAAAGACUGCUGCAUUUUAAUAAUCAAAAGAAUAAUAAACAACCACCUCGAUGGGCCUAGGCUGAGGGGUGGAGAGGCAGCUGUACAAUGCCACGAGCCCUGAGUGGCCAACCCCACGCCCUGAUAAGGUCGCAGUGGGAAUGAAAUCACUUCCUCCCUUGAGGCAGCUGGAGCUGUGGGCAGUGUGAAGCCCACCUGACGGGGCGCAGAGGCGAGCCAGACCAGGGGCUGCCGAGCAGGCAAAGGUGCGGAGCCCUGUCCCGUGGCAUGCCGAGCUGGUGCACUCUCGUGGAGUAAGUCAGGAGGAGGUGGUGGUCAGUGACCCAGAGAAUAAGAAGGGAGUGGCUGGGGUCAAGGUGCCAGGCCCUGGCCAACUGGUUUGGAGGGAGGGGUGUACAGAGCAAGGAAGUGUUAUUCAGCCCAGAUCCCCCUGCUCCUCCCAGCCGCCCCACCCCUGCCCUGCUCCUCUCUCCUAGGCUGCAGAGCUCCAGGGAGAGCUGCCCUCCCAGACAGGCCAGGGCGCUGCGGACAGGUCAAGGCAGUCCACAUGGCUCAGCCCCCUCUGCAGAGGGGGGGCCUCAAGUGAGGCCAGGGUGGCCCACGGGCAAGGACUGGAGCACAAGAUAGGAGGCAGCAGGACCCUGCCCCUCAGCUGCUCUCCCCUGCCCUGAGGCCAUGGAGUAAAUGAGGAAGAAUGAGGAAACCCAGCAGCCAGACUGGGUGCCAGGCCAACGGGAGGGCAGUUCUCCUCUCCCCAAGGAAUACUGCUUUGCUGAGAAAACUCAGAGUCACCCUGGCAUACCCUGAGCCCAGCCCUGGGAAGAGCUGGCCCUUUCCUGGCAUGGGGCUGCUCCCUGUUAACACACCCUCUGCCUGCUACCCCCCAUACCUGUGGGCUCUGCUAAUGAAGGCUUGUCACCAGGCCCCAGGGCUGAGUCACCCACACCAGCAACAGGUCCCUUCCUUCCCUAACAAUCGUUCCACGCGCCUGCCUUUCAAUUAACUGCCACCCUCCCUGAACUCCUCCCUCCCAGACACACCAGGGACUGGGCAGCUGGGCCACCUGCUAGGGCCCCGGGUGGUGGGGCAAAAGGCGACAGUGUGGUGACACAGAAAGCAGGGCUGGCCCCAGACCAGCCCCCAGAGGAAUCUUAAGCUUCCUGGUAGUUCUGGGGCGUUGGCCACGGCUGCUCCAACCCCUGCAUGCAAUGCUGCAAUCACCUCAGAGCGUGAAACCCCGGCUUCCCACCUGACUGAGUCAGCUGAGAACAACACACCUCCACGCCACACACCAGCACAACCAGCUGGGCACUAACCGCAGGCAGGGCGCCUCGGCAGAGAGCGCCAGGGGCCAGGGAGCGAAGGAAGGAGCACACGAGCUCCUGCCCACCUGAGAAGACCCGUCUCCGACGCCCCUGGAGCUGCUCUCACUCGGCUCCAGUAAGGCUGCUGCUUCGUCUUUGGGUUUUUUCCACUAUCAGGUAACUGGGCCGCUCCUGUCCCUCCGGGAAACUCUGGACACCAGGAGCUCACAGCACUCUGCUCUACUCUUCCUGGGGCCUGGUCUCAACACCCAGGAUGCUGGCCUGAGGUCUGUGCCGGGUGGAAAGCGGGCAGCCUCUGCUGAGAGUCCACGGGGGCUAUCUCCUGCUCCUUGUCAUUCACUGCUCCAGCAGGAACCAGAUGCCCCCUGGCCACUCUUGAACUGGACUUCUAAGGUCUGCUGGCAACCUAGGUCCAUGGAGACCUGGCGGAAAGGCUCCUUCCGCAAUGCCUCCUUCUUCAAGCGGCUGAGCCUGGGACGGCCUCGGCGACUACUCCGGCGGCAGGGCAGUGUGCUGAGCCAGGCCAGCGUGGCUGGCGGGGACCACGAGGAGUACAGCAACAGAGAGGUGGUCCGGGAGCUUCGAGGGAGGCCGGAUGGCCGGCGCCUACCUUUGUGGGGGGACGAGCAGCCCCGGGCCACACUUCUGGCCCCUCCUAAGCCCCCACGCCUCUACCGGGAGAGCUCCAGCUGCCCCAACAUCCUGGAAGCCUCUCCUGCCUACACUGCGGCCUACUCGGUUACCCUGCCCUCAGCACGCUCCCUGGCAGGCCCCCUCCACGAACACUCCGAGGAGGACCUUGUGGAUGCGCCCCCCUUCCAGAGGACACCUGCUCCGGACCUUAAUGACCCCUUCUUCUCCUUCAAAGUGGACCUGGGGAUUUCACUUCUUGAGGAAAUUCUACAGAUGCUGCGGGAGCAAUUUCCCAGUGAGCCUGGCUUCUGAAUGGGGUGAGGGUGGGCAGAAGUGUGGCGACUGAAGAGCCAAAAGCCUGGGACCCAAGAAAGGAAGGUACACUCAUGGAUUAAGAAAAAGGUGGGGACAGGAAUCCAGGACCCUGCCUGCCCUCUGAGUCCUCAACAGUCCUCCAGAUCACCCCCGAGCGGAGGGCCACAGGCAGAGAGGCAAGCUGGACAUGUG